ACAAUCCUACUAGUUAAAUUGAAUACUUGGACACUAUAUUUCUGCUACGACUUAGGCUGAGAAUACACGAUGGCUCGAUUAAUCAGUAUUGUGGCGAUCAUUGGGAUUGCAUUGGUGUCUGUCCUGACAGCCGAAGAAUUAUAUUCCGAUAAAUAUGAUGACAUCGAUGUCAGUGGUAUCCUCGAGAACGAAAGAUUGCGGAACGAAUAUUACAGCUGUUUUAUGGACCAAGGACCAUGCCCGACAGAGAAUAUGAAGUUCUAUAAAAAUCUUAUAAGCGAAGCUAUAGUAACAAAAUGCCAGAAAUGCACUGAGAAGCAAAAGGAAAAUCUGGACAAGGUAACAGACUGGUAUACACAAAAUAAACCCGAAGACUGGAACGCUAUCGUUGAAAAGGCCGUAAAAGAUUUGAAGGACAAGAACGCUUAAUAACGGCUACCAAAACUGGAAACGGAGAAAAUCACGAAAACGGCAUAACAUAAACGGCAAUAUUAUAAUUAUUUGUAAUAUUAAAUGUUGUAUACUUAUAGACUUCUUGAUAUCUGGGAAUCCCGCAAUGUUAUAUUAAUAACCAAUACUAAUGCUUACACUUGUAACAUUAUGUUAAUAGAUUAAAAUAUGAGAUCAUGCAAUAA